AUGAUGGAGCUCUGUCUCACCGUGGAUGCCACAGCCUGUAAUGGAUCAAAAGACUCUUCAUCCAUCUUCUACCUGGUGGGCAUCCCCUCUCUACAGGAGUUCCUCUUCCUUCCUGUCUCCUUCAUCUUCUUGUUCUUCUACCUGCUUAUCCUUGUGGGUAACACCCUGAUCCUGGUGGCCGUGGUGAUAGAGCCCAGACUCCACAAGCCCAUGUACUUCUUCCUGAUCAACCUCUCAGCCCUGGACAUCCUCUUCACCACAUCCACUGUCCCAAAGAUGCUAUCUCUCCUCUUACUCAGGGACCACUGCCUCGGCUUCUCUGCCUGCUUCUUGCAGAUGUACCUUUUCUACAGCUUCUCCUGUUCUGAAGCCUUCGUCCUGGUGGUCAUGGCCUAUGACCGCUAUGUGGCUAUCUGCUGUCCACUGCACUACCCUGUCCUCAUGAUCCCACAGACCAAUGCUGCACUGGCAACCAGUGCCUGGUUCACUACCCUCCUUCUGCCCAUACCAGCAGUACUGCAGACCUUCCACAUGGCUUUUGACAGCACUGCUCACAUCUACCAUGGCUUCUGUGACCACUUGGCUGUGGUCCAGGCCUCCUGCUCUGACACCACACCCCAGACAUUCAUGGGCUUCUGCAUCACCAUGGUGGUGUCCUUCCUGUCCCUUCUCCUGGUGCUUCUCUCCUAUGCCCAUAUCCUGGCCACAGUGCUUCGCAUAAGCUCCCGAGAAGGACUCUCGAAAGCCUUCUCUACCUGCAGCUCCCACCUCCUGGUGGUUGGCACUUACUAUUCAUCCAUUGCCAUAGCCUAUGUGGCCUACAAGGCUGACCUACCCCUUGACUUCCACAUCAUGGGCAACAUGGUGCAUGCUAUUCUCACACCUGUCCUCAACCCUCUCAUCUACAUGCUGAGGAACAAGGAUGUCAAAGCAGCCAUCACCAAAUUAACAUGUCCCCAAGACCCAGGGCAUUCUGGGGACCCUUGA